AAACAAUACCGCAUCCAUGGAGAACGAACGCGGAGAGCUCGUCGACCUCUACGUCCCACGCAAGUGCUCUGCCACCAGCCGCAUCAUCAAGGCCAAGGAUCACGCCUCCGUUCAGAUCUCCGUCGGAAACGUUGACGAGAACGGCCGCUACACCGGCGAGAACAAGGUCUACGCACUUUGCGGCUUCGUGCGCGCAAUGGGCGAGAGCGAUGACUGCAUCAACAGACUGGCACAGCGGGAUGGAUACCUGAAGGGUGUCUGGAGCGCCAGCCGGUAGAGGAUUCUUUCUGUUGCAUGCAAUGAGGAUAUGAGAUGGGAAGGCAUGGGUCUCUUCACGACUCACUUGGCGUACGGAUGCUACGGGUCUCAGACACUGUUCAGAAAAGGACUUUGAGCGCCUUCUUUUGCUUCUCCGGACGAGAAUAAAGCGCAGCAAUUGAUACGAGCCGAAAUGCCGAAAUGCACACCAACCCACUUCCGAUUCC